AUUAACACAUAAUAUUGCAAAAUCGUGGAAAUUGCUAGAUAGAAAAGAUGAAGCUUGUAAACCAAUUCUUGUUUUGCUGUUUCUUCAUUGUUCUUGUUUUGCAUUCAUCCCGGCCUGCAACAUCUAAAGAAGUUGAUGAUGAACGAGAAUUUGACUACAGUGAGACAAGUGGAAAGGGACCGUCUCAAUGGGGAGACAUUCACCCUGAAUGGAGCUUGUGCAGAGAUGGAUCAAUGCAAUCUCCGAUUGAUUUGCUGAAUGAAAGUGUGCAAAUAGUUUCCCAUUUAGGGAGAUUUAAUCGGAAUUACCAUCCCUCUAAUGCCACUCUCAAAAAUCGAGGCCAUGACAUGAUGCUCGAAUGGGAAGGCGGCGCAGGAUAUAUUGAAAUAAAUGGUACUCAAUAUGUACUCCAGCAAAGCCAUUGGCACUCACCCUCUGAACACGCUAUCAACGGCCGGAAGUUUGCUCUAGAGUUGCACAUGGUCCAUCAGAGUUCCGACGGAAAAUUUGCUGUGGUUGGAAUUAUGUACACGAUUGGAAGCCCUGAUUCUUUCUUGUCAUCGAUAAGGCAUCAGUUGUCAGACGUUGCCGGUAACAGUGAAGAAGUAACAGCGAUGGGAAUCGUCGACCCAAACAACAUAGAGAUGGGAAGUAGAAAGUAUUACAGAUAUAUUGGAUCCCUUACAACUCCCCGUUGCACUGAAAAUGUUGUAUGGACCAUCGAGACAAAGGUCAGGACUGUUACACGAGAACAAGUUAGUUUGCUUCGCGUGGCCGUUCAUGACGAGUCGGACACAAAUGCAAGACCACUACAACCAAUAAAUGGGCGCCCAGUGUAUCUAUAUAAACCAACUGAAGUGGAAGAUUAAAUUCAGUCACUGUCUAGGGUUUCCCUUGAAUCUUAUAUGGCGUGAGAAAUAUUUACUAGAAUCUUACAAAAAUAUUUAUAAAUUGAUACGAUUUAAUGUAAAAUAAGUGAUCUGAUGUAUCACAUUUAGUCUCGAUCACGUACAUGAUGAUCAUUUGUGACUUAAUUACUUCUUUGUAAGAUUUUUAUAGACCUAGUAUUAAUUUAUUUUUAAGGUGUUGGUGGAAGAUAGGAUGGAAUUGAGGCAUAGAACGUGGGACGAAUUACAUAUACAUGAUGUAUUAAAUUAGUUUCCUAUGUUAAUGAUACGUUGUUUAUUAAUUGAGAGCAUUUAUAUGAGUAAAUUUACCA